AAUCGGGUCUACAGCCCGCCCCCAGCCGCCGAGCUGCCGGUUGAAGCCUAAGCUGUGCAAGUUAGUGAUGAAGGGGUUAUAGGAACAAGCCAAAAAAGACUAGGACCCAGCGCCUUGCCGCUGCCUGCCCACCCCUCGUCUCCCGGCACCAAGGCUGCUGGAGCCCAGGGCGUGUUUUCCUUGUCCCCGCCACUUUCCCGUCCCUGGCCCAACAUGAUACUGACCAAAGCCCAGUACGACGAGAUAGCCCAGUGCCUAGUGUCUGUGCCGCCUACCAGGCAGAGCCUGAGGAAGCUGAAGCAGAGGUUCCCCAGUCAAUCGCAGGCCACUCUGCUGAGCAUCUUCUCCCAGGAGUACCAGAAACAUAUUAAAAGAACACAUGCCAAACAUCAUACUUCAGAAGCGAUUGAAAGUUAUUAUCAGAGGUACCUGAAUGGAGUGGGGAGAAAUGGAGCAGCCCCAGUGCUCCUGGAGCUGGCCAAUGAGGUGGACUAUGCACCCUCAUUAAUGGCUCGGAUUAUACUGGAGAGGUUUCUACAAGAGCAUGAGGAAACUCCACCUUCCAAGUCUGUUAUAAACAGUAUGCUACGGGACCCUUCUCAGAUUCCAGAUGGAGUUCUAGCAAAUCAGGUCUAUCAGUGCAUCGUGAACGACUGCUGUUAUGGACCACUGGUGGACUGCAUCAAACAUGCCAUUGGUCAUGAGCAUGAAGUCCUGCUAAGAGACAUGCUUCUGGAGAAAAACCUGUCCUUCCUAGAUGAAGAUCAGCUCCGUGCAAAGGGUUAUGACAAAACGCCAGACUUUAUUUUACAAGUUCCAGUUGCCGUAGAAGGGCACAUAAUUCACUGGAUUGAAAGCAAAGCCUCAUUUGGUGAUGAAUGUAGCCACCAUGCCUACCUGCAUGACCAGUUCUGGAGCUACUGGAAUAGAUUCGGACCGGGCUUGGUCAUCUAUUGGUACGGCUUCAUCCAGGAGCUGGACUGUAACCGGGAGCGGGGCAUCCUGCUCAAAGCCUGUUUCCCCACGGACAUCGUCACCUUGUGCCACAGUGUCGCCUGACCCUGAUGAUCCUAGAAGAGAAGCCAGGAGGAAGAGGUGAAUCCGGAAGCAAUUUGACUUUCCUGCCAUGGAAACUCCUGGCGGCAUCUGCCCUGAACUUGACCUGAACUCUGGCUGCCCACGGCCACACCACUACCUCUUCAGACAAACAUAUCAAGAGUUUCUGUUUUCCUUCAUCCCUUGCAGAUGUGAACAGCCAAGAACUACAGACACAACCCACUCAUUAUCAGCAUUUCUGUCUCUGUCAAACAGUUAGUUUACAGAUAGUCAUAAUCUCUCUUCCUUCCGGAUGGUUUCUCCUUGUAUACUGAACAAAAGAAGAAAUGUGGGAACUGAAAGGUGUGAUUUUUCAAUUCUCCUCCCAGUUCCCGAAUCACCCUCUUUUUUUUUCCCCCCCAAAAGCCUCCAUUCAUUCUUUCCUCCCUCCUUCCCCUGUUCACUUCCUAUCCACUCACACGGACCCAGUGUUCCAUCCCCAUCAAGGAAUAAUCUAACAGAUUAGCAGAGUGGAAGACGUGGAGGCUGAAACUCGAUUUCUGUUCUCACCUACAAGACUUCAAUAGACCUUGAUGGUAGCGCAUGCUAGUUUUGUCCAGUUUUUACGGUUUCCUGACUUCGCUGGCAUUAGGCCAAGCUGAAAAAAUAUACUUGAUGAGAAUUUCCUCUUUUUAUAAUACUUAUUUGAACACCAAAGACUUUCCCUUUAUCUCCUGUAAAAGUAUUGGUUACAUUGUGUCUGGAAACCAUACUCCUCCUCUGGACUGGGGGGCUCAGGGGAGACCGCUGAAGCAUGGCACCAGCCUGGGCAAAAGUUUAUUUUUAAACACGGCUACUUGUCAGUAUGUAUGGGUAGUCAGUAUUUUUAGGAGUACAAUUUUUUAAAAGCACAUUCUGUGCGCUGCUUUGUAUCUGCAUUUUAUACUACAUAAUUACAUAACACUCAGAUAACUUAGGUAUUAGCAAUGUUCAGCUUUGAAUGAAUUAAGUGUACCAGAAAUAAACCUGGAGUGAUUUUUUUCAAAUAAGCAAAAUAAAAGGGAUUUUGUAUUUGUUCACUUUAAUCUAUUCACUUUUUAUACCGUAAACCAAACUUCAGUCUAAAGGAAAACAUCAAUAAAUUCAUUAUAAAUCUGCAGUUUGGGAGACUAAAAACUUCUCUAUUCCCCAAAAUGUGUUUAUAAAAUAUUCGCCCCCUUGUUGAAAAUACAUACGUUUUUAAAUGUCGAAGAUGACUUUGGAAUUAACUGAGAACUUCUGCAGACACCUUUAAGUUACAUACACUGCGUGCUUCUUUCAAAAGACUAAAUAUGCCAUUUGUACCUUGUUCAUUUGGUACCUAAAGGAGGUUUGCAAGUCUGCUAGCUGCCUCUCCUUUUGAAGGACACAGACACGUCCGGUCCAGACGUGUGGAUUUGAACUCUGCUGUGGGUUGCACUAAACAAAAAAGGAAGGAGAUGAGCUGGGAAGGAGGUUCUGGCAGGCGUCUGUUUCAGUGUAAAAGUAUCGAGCAGAUUUUGUGAGUGCAAGGGAGUGAUCUGAAACCACUGCCAUUACUUAACACACAUGCACACGCACGU